AUGCCGUUCACCGUGUUCGCGCGCAACAAGCGGCAGAGCGGCAAACCGCACCGCGAGGCGUUCCUGCCCGAAGAAUCUCCUGUCCGCAUUCUCUCUCAUCCCCUUCCUUGUUCGCGUCCAGCUGACCGUUCAUCGAAUGAGCCGCUCGUGAUUCGCGAUCUCUCCACCUCCGCUUCCUCCGCGUCGUCCUCCUCUUUUCCGUCUGCCUCCUCCUCCCUCUCCUCCCCUUCUACCGCGUCAUCCUCCUCCCGCGCCACCUCAAUUUCCUCCUCACCCUCGUCCAGAUCAACGUCACCAUUGUCCCUUACCCCGCCUUUCCUCCUCGCCGCGACUCCCGCGGCUUCUCAUGCCACACCGGACCCGGCGUCUCUCCCCGAAUCCACGUCACCCUCCACGUCACCUCCAGCGUCACACCCAACGCAACUGCCUGAGUGGCCGGCGGUGAGCCCCGCUUCACUCUUCCUCCGCCUCGCGCAAUCCCGCUUCCUCUCCGCGGGCCUGCGCCCCCUCCGCGUCGACCUCGACGCGUCUACCUCCAUCCGCUGCUGGCUCCCCGCGUCCGCCGCCGCCGCCGCCGCCGCCGCUACCGCCGCGGCCGCCUCGCGCAGGCGCGCGCAGCAGCAGGCGCGGUGGGAGCGCAACCCGCCGCUGCUGCUGCUGCACGGGUUUGGGGGACCGGGUCACCAGCAGGGGGAGCAGGGAGGCAGGGGUGGAGACGAUGCGCGCAACCAUGACAAUUCGGGAGAGUCGAAAUGUGGUUCGGCGGGGGACGCCGCCACAGUGCACUGGCACCAGCUGGUUGGGAGCUUGUCUCGGGAUUUCGAGUUGUAUGUGCCGAACCUGCCAUUCUUAGCUGGUCCCUUGCUUCUUUUCUUCGUCCCUUUCCUGCCGUUUGCUCCUUCGCAUCUUCACACCCCCUUGUAUGUGCGUCCGCUGCUCAAUUUGUCCAGGUUCGACGUUCUGGGGUUUGGUUACGCGCCAUCUUCCCCGCGGCUACCGGAAACUGUGGCUGAGUUGCGGCAAGCGCAGCACGCAGCGUUUGAAGGCACAUUCUGGGCGCCUGCGUUCCUGUACCGGGAUCUGCUCAAGGUGCUGUUUUCUGGCAGCCGCACCCAGCAGCAGCACUGCUUGGACGAGUACAUUCGAGACAGGCCGCUGAAUCCGUGGCUGAAUCCAGUGCUGAAGCAGGAGGUUCUCAUCGUGUGUGGAAGGAAGGAUCCGAUCGCUCCUUUGCCAUUCGGGAAAAUGCUCUUGCAACACCUGGGCGUCAGCUCAAGGCUGGUACUGGUGAACGACGCACGCCACAUGCCACACGCACAGUGCCCCAAAGAGUUUGCCUCCCUGGUUCGCUACUUCCUGCACGCUCCACAUGGCUACGGACUAGGCCGGCCAAUUUACACACCAUGGCGACUUACACUCCGAAGGCCAUUCUUAUCACUGGAGCUGCUGGUUUCAUUGCUUCACAUGUUGCUAACAGAAUUGUCAUCUCCGAACUUCAAGUUUGUCAAGGGAGACAUUGCAAGUGCGGAUCUUGUGAACUACCUCCUCCUGACGGAAGGCAUCGACACCAUCAUGCACUUCGCAGCUCAGACGCAUGUCGACAACUCGUUCGGCAACAGCUUUGAGUUCACCAAGAACAACAUCUACGGAACGCACGUCCUCCUCGAGGCCUGCAAGGUUGCUGGAACCAUCAAACGUUUCAUCCACGUCAGCACCGACGAGGUGUACGGAGAGACAAGCCUGGACUCACUUGUGGGUAACCAUGAGGGGUCUCAACUGCUUCCAACAAAUCCGUACUCCGCCACCAAGGCUGGAGCGGAAAUGCUUGUAAUGGCCUACGGUCAGUCCUACAAUAUUCCCUGCAUCACCACCCGAGGAAACAACGUUUACGGCCCGAACCAGUUCCCCGAGAAGCUCAUCCCCAAGUUCCUUCUCCUCGCCAUGCAAGGGAAACCCUUGCCGAUCCAUGGAGACGGCUCCAACGUCAGAAGCUAUUUGUAUUGCGAGGAUGUUGCCGAGGCAUUCGAUGUGGUCCUUCACAAGGGUACUGUUGGUGAAGUGUACAACAUUGGGACACGCAAGGAAAGGCGUGUCAUCGACGUCGCUCGGGAUAUUUGCCGAAUGGUUGGCCUAGACCCAGAGCAGAUUGUCAAGUUUGUUGAGAAUAGGCCAUUCAACGACCAAAGAUACUACUUGAACGAUCAGAAGCUCAAGUCUCUUGGCUGGGAAGAGAGAACUUCGUGGGAGGUAGGGCUCAAGAAGACUCUCAAUUGGUACAAGAACAACGUUGGAUAUUGGGGAGACAUCUCUGGUGCUCUUGUACCGCACCCCAGGAUGCUCACAGGGUACAGCAUCGGAAGGUCGUCAUCAAAUCCCGAUUCACUGGAAGAAUCCGGUGCUCCAGAUUGUCAAGUCAAGGAGACGAAGUUUCUGAUUUACGGUAAAACUGGAUGGAUCGGUGGCCUGCUGGGAAAUUUGUGCAAGGAGAAGGGGAUUCCGUUUGAAUAUGGCCUCGCGAGACUGGAAGACCGGCGUGCAAUUGAAGCGGACAUCCUUCGGGCUGAGCCAACGCACAUCUUCAACGCAGCAGGAGUUACAGGCCGUCCGAACGUGGACUGGUGCGAGAGCCAUCAGGUUGAAACGAUUCGAGCAAACGUUGUUGGUGUUUUGACCCUCGCUGAUGUCGCAAGGAACCAUGGAGCUCUGGUAGUGAACUUUGCAACUGGCUGCAUCUUCGAGUACGACGAAUCUCAUCCGACGGGAAGUGGGGUUGGCUUCAAGGAGACAGAUUCCGCAAAUUUCUUUGGAUCCUUCUACUCUAGGACCAAAGGAAUGGUGGAGGAGCUGCUGAAAUCGUAUGACAACGUCUGCACUCUGCGGGUUCGCAUGCCCAUCUCUUCCGACUUGUCCAAUCCAAGAAACUUCAUCACCAAGAUCACCCGCUACCAGAAGGUCGUGAACAUUCCGAACUCCAUGACGGUGCUUGAUGAACUUUUACCAAUCGCGAUUGAGAUGGCGAAACGAAACCUGACAGGGAUCUGGAACUUCACAAACCCUGGAGUGAUCAGCCACAACGAGAUUCUCGACCUUUACAAGAAGUACAUCGAUCCUGCGUUCACGUACACCAAUUUCACCAUCGAGGAUCAGGCGAAGGUCAUUGUGGCUGCUCGCAGCAAUAACGAGCUUGAUGCAUCAAAGCUGAAGGCGGAAUUUCCGGAGCUUCUCGACAUCAAGGCGUCUGUGAUCAAGUAUGUCUUCGAAGCAAACGCGAAGGUAGCCAAGUAA